AUGCUAAAGAAGAUGCAGCUUUACAAGUCUAUUACGUCUUUGACGCGGACUUUCACGCCGUUGAGCGACGAUGACGAGGAGCGGGAGCGGAUGGAGCAGUUCUCGCUAGACUUCCUGCUCCCACCACCCGUGCCUCAAGUGCCGUGUUUUAGCAGCAUACAAGCCCGCAUGCAAUAUGGGGUGGAGACGAGCUUCAAGUCGCGGUUGCAGCAGUACUUUAUCGAAAAUCACACCUCAAGCCUGCGCAUUAGGAUAUUCAAUUUCUUCAUCAAAGUGCUAUCAUGUGUGCUGUAUGCGGUUAGGGUUAUCGAAGAUGACUAUCAAUUACCCGACUCGGCGAGGAUACCAUUUUGGGUGCCGAGGGAGAGUCGAGCGUUAUGUCGCUACAUAUUCUGGGUGGACAUCUCCUACACGUUGUGGUUGAUACAAACUGUUGUCGCUGUGCUCAGCAUUGUUGAGACGAUAUUGAUAUUUUAUAUAAGUUAUAAGGGCAAUGUCUGGCGUCUCCUCCUCAACCGCCACUUCCUCCUCGAAAUGGUCACCAGCUUCCCCUUGGUCAUCACUAUUUUUGUCCCUGAAUACCGUAUCAUGUUCGUCCCAGCUUUCCUGAAUUGCUGGCUAGCCAAGAGUGAACUUCAGGCUAUGCUGCACGAUUUAAAUCGGGUCUCGAUCGUCAACCAAUCAGCAUUAUCAAGGCAGAUGGUGAUCUUGUUCUCGACGUUGAUAUGUCUGCUUUUUACAGGAGCCUGUGGCUUCCAACACCUUCAAAGAUGCGGGGAGAGACAAUCCGACCUCAUCAGAAGUUUCUAUUUCACGAUGGUCACCUUUUCGACGGUCGGCUAUGGAGAUAUCUACCCCGAUACUUGGCUAUCCCAACUCCUCGUGAUUGGCCUGAUCAUCCUAAUGUUGCUCAUGCUACCUCAGCAAUUGGAAAAGCUGACCCAGACCUGGUUGGAAAAGGAGCGAUCUGGUGGAGAUCUGGCGACAGGAUGGGGAAAUCAGGAAACUCAUGUAGUCGUGACAGUCACCCACCUUGAAGUCGAGUUCAUCAAGGACUUCUUGACCGAGUUUUAUGCGCAUCCGGAGAACCAGACAGUUCUUGUCAUCCUCCUCUCCCCUUGUGAGCUCGAUAACACGAUGAGAAUGCUGCUAAAAAUCCCUCUCUGGGCCCAACGAGUCAAAUAUGUGCGCGGCAGUGCGUUGAGGGAUGAGGAUUUGGAAAGGGCCCGUGUCGUCAAGGCCAAGGCUUGCUUCGUCCUGUCGGCGAGGCAUGUGCAGAAGAAGAUUACUACUGAUGAGCACACGAUCCUACGCUCCUGGGCGAUUAAGGAUUUUGCUCCACAUGUCCCUCAAUACGUCCAGAUUUUCCGGCCGGAGACGAAGAUGCACUUGAAUCAUGCUGAAGUCUGCAUCUGCGAGGACGAGCUGAAAUACUCAUUGCUUGCCAAUAAUUGUAUCUGCCCCGGAAUCUCCACUUUCUUAACGUUACUGAUGCAUACCAGUCGGGGAGAGGAAGGCCAAAAAUCCACAGAACCCUGGCACAAGGUUUACGGUUUUCAUUCUGGCAACGAGAUUUACGACAUAUGCGUGGAGAAUUCGAAAUUUUUCGGCGAUUUCGUCGGGAAGAGCUUUACCUAUGCGUCGUUUCAUGCCCAUCGAGCGUACGGAAUCGGGCUGAUCGGAGUCAAAACAUCAGACGAGGGAGCUAAAAUGAGGCUCAACCCGGGGUUAACCCAUAUAAUCCAACCAUCGGAUACCGUUUACUACAUGGGGCUGACCAACGAAGAAUCGUUGUACGACUUCCGGAAAGACUUGAAGAAUCAGAGGAUGAGGGCCACCCUGGCGAAUACCAUUGCUAAUGUUGGUACAGUGGCGAUGGACGUUCCUCAUUUGGAAGGUGGAAACCACUACGUGAAGAAGGAGAAGAAAAAGAGGCUUGGAAUCUUGAAACGAGCAAAGCACAAUGACGAGAUGCGCCUCAUCGAAGUCCCCAACGAGGACCACACCAGGAGACCCUCAGUUGGAAUUGUGGCUGAUGAAAACGAGUCCUCCUCCUCUUCCAACGAUGAGGACGAGAAUCGUUGUGAGCGCUGCUUGAGCGCCGGGAGGUUGAGGUGUAUCCAGACUGAAACCGAGAAAUCCUUCCCAAAACGGAAAACUUACAUCGGGGCCAGCCCGACGAUUUGCCAUGUGCUGAAGAAAAAGAGAGAACUGUGCUGUUUGCAAGUCGAUAAGCCCUGCCCCCAUUUCCCCUACUCCGGUGCCCACAAGUACAAGUGGCAAAACUCGGCCAUCAUCCUGGCGGCGGAUAAAGUGUCUUCUGGGAUGUAUAACUUGAUUAUACCACUGAGAGCAUACUACCGACCGGUACAUGACCUUCGACCGAUUGUCGUGUUGAUUGAAGCGGAAUAUGGAGAAGUGCCAGAUCCAGCUUUCCUGGAUGUGAUCUCCUAUUUUCCGGAUAUAUACUGGACAACGGGAAGAUUAUCGAGCCUCGACACACUGCUCCAAGCCGGCGUCUGCCAGUCCGAAAAUGUCGUCGUGGUCCGAGAGACCGCUGUCGUUGGAGAAGAACAUCUCGCCGACUCAAAUACCAUCAUUACGGUGCAGAAGAUACACUCAUGGUUCCCCGCCCUUCGCAUCGUCACCGAACUCACCCACACCAGCAACAUGCGAUUUAUGAUGUUCAACCCGCACGACCCGUACUCGCUACAACAGAGCAAGUUUGAAAAGAAAGAACGAAGGCGAGGCUCCAACAUGCCCUACAUGUUCCGACUCCCAUUCGCCCAGGGUGGUGUAUUUUCGGCGAAUAUGUUGGAUCGAUUGUUGUAUCAGUCCAUCAUCAAGCCCUAUCUCGUCAGCUUGACGCGACUUUUCUUGGGAAUUGAUCAGAACCCGGGGAGUGGAUACCUGGCUUCGUUUGUAAUCACGGCUGAUGACUUGUGGAUCAAGACUUAUGGGAGGUUAUACCAAAAACUGUGUUCUUCCGUGGCUGAUAUCCCCAUUGGCAUCUUCAGGACGAAGAAGAUGGAUGCUACAACUGUCUCGAUCGAUAUCGAGGAACGCUGUCGCUCCCUGGACAUCCCAAAUACGCAUCGAUUCAUGCGGAAUGAGGUCCAGGAUAUGGUCAAAAAUCGCAUGAAGUAUUUGGAUAUGAGCGUGGAUAAUACUGCCCUGGAACGCUACGAGGACAAAGAAACGAUGAUCUCCUACGUCCUGAUAAACCCAUCUCAAGACUUGGUGCUCGAGGCGGGGGAUAUUGUAUAUGUCAUCCGAAGCCCGAUAAGUGAAAAUGCUCGUAACAAGAAGGUGAACCCAAGGCGAGGUUUGAGAAGAUCCCGGCAAGUCACCGAAGCCAGUGAACCACCGCCGGGUUAUGGAUCGAAUCAACAGAUGCCGAGGAUUGUAGAAUUGAGCGAUUUCGAUCUUACGGAGUCUGGAAUGAGUUCCAUAAACAACCUGUGGUCAGUGCGGCCGUUCGACACGCAUCUGACAAAGCGAGAACGAAUUCGGAUGGCCGGCCGCGGGUUGAGCGUU